CUUUGCAACUAACAUCAGCAAACACUUUUUGACUACAAAUCUUUGCUUUUUUACGUUUAACCUCAAAUGGUUCCAGAAAUGAACAAAGGGAUUUUCGCUCUGGUAUCACUGGCGUGCAUCUUGCUCGCAGGUAAUUCUUUUUCAUUUUCGUGACCUGUCUGUUUAAUAUGAUUCUGUAAUUUUUUUUUUUUAAAUGUUGAAUUAGUAAUCAGCAAGAACCGUUGGACAUGAAAAAGGGAUGUUUUUAGUUUGUAUAAGACUAUUUCAUGAGGAAAAGUUUCUCUAUGGAUGAGCAAUUUCUUUCCGGGUCAUCCACAGUGCAAUCUAGAUUUUCAGACGGUAAUAAAAUUUAUCUCUACGCUAAUGCUUCGCCGAAACAUCUUUACCGGCUUAUUUCAGAGACAAACUCUACUUGACUCACGAGUGAGAUGUCUUGUGUGAGUAUGUGCAUCCAAAUAAUUUUUUAAAUGAAAUCACGCUCAAUCUUAUCUUACAUAAGCAGAAAAAAAUUGUUACAAAACGUGUUUAUCGCGAUUCGUUUUGAUCAGUUGUUUCGAUCAGUUGAUGAUCAAGAAAACAAAAGUAACAGAUAAGAGUUUGUUUCAAAAUAAAAUUGGAGGCAUUUCUAGUGACAAAUUUAAAAUGAUGUAUUUCCGAAAAUCACAUCUGCUUCCCCAGAAAAUUUGUAUCGCUUAAUAUUGCACGCAAACAUUGCGGAUAACUGUCCAGGUGAAAACUACAAAAUUCGCUGCAGUAACCUGAUUUUCACACGUUUUACCUUAUCUUGUAUGCUUUUUUCGAUAAUAUUUUUGGUCAAGUUUCCCAGGUAUAAUCCAAAAACACUGGAAAAAAAAUUGGAUAUAUGUGACCUUCUUAACUUGUUUGUCGUAAUUAUACAUAUCUUCGUUAGCGAAUCAAUUUUGUCGGGUUUUCAUAACACUUCUGUUAAAACGCUCUUACAUGUUUGCUUAGUAGAAGAAAUCUUAGCAGAAGAUCGACAGAUAAUGGACUCUUAACUCGAGAUCUUAAUUCAAGGCGCUGUAAAAAAGAGAAGAAAAAAAUCACCUCAUUAUAUUGGUCUGAAAUGAUACGUAAUUAACUUCAGGCUGCAUUGUGAGUAGUUCCUCUCAUUCGCCGCCAUCUUCAACAUUUUUUUAAUGGGGUGCAUGUUAAAUUCAUCCACCCUGGUAAAACAAUCAGAGUUAUUUUUGCAUAAACUUGUACAAAAUGAAAAUAGCUGAGUCAGUUUUGGCUGACGGUCGGUUUGUACAGAAGAAACUCAAAAGAAUUACAUAAGGCGGUACACAAAAGGUUUCUGCAAAUUUAACCUUUCUUAUGCAAAUAUAGACCAGAAGCGGAAAAAAACAAACAAACGCAACGCUAGAUUUGGCAUAAAGCUGAGAACAGUUGGCUUUUUUGUGCUGAUUGAAUUUAGUCAAUAAACUAUGAUAGGAAGUUCCGAGAUGAAAAUCGAAAGGCUUCUUUUUGUGAUGAAAUGUCCUUUCUUGAACAGACUUGCUGGAAAUUAUAAUUGAUUCAAGUACUGUAAAUAACAUACGCAUGUAAUAAUAUUCGAAAUGAUUCUGUGAAAGUACUUGAUAAUGACAGUUUUACAUGAGAAAGAAAAGUUCAGGUGACAAGCUCCAUAACAAUUUCACCUGUCAAUCAGGCUUUCUAAGCGAAUAUACAAAGACAAUGACUUUAAAAAUGAAAUCAUUAAUGAACAUUACGAAAAUAGUGCUCGUAAAAUUAAGGAAAAAUUUAAUUUCAAAAGAGAGGACCAAAAUAUUUUUUCCGGGGAUGACUACUUGGAAAAAUUAUUUCUUUGAGUUCUGUCUCUUAACGAUUAUCGUUACUGGAAUGAAUUAUAAUUUGCCUAAUUGAUGUUCUAAUCAAGAUAAAAUUAUUUAUAAUCCUCUGUGCUGAAUAGCUAGAAAUUCCUUCUCAAUAAAAGAAUGGGUGAAAAUAUUGUUAAAGAAAAAACAAAUUAUGUGCAGGUCUGAAAAAAAAAGAGGUGUCUGCAGAACGAAGUAAACCCAUUCAAUUUCACCUGCUUGACAUGUCGUGGUUAAGUGCACUUCUAAUGAACGGUGCACAGUGGUUCAGUUUUCUCUCGUGCAGUAAGUGUUCAGUGAACGCUGCACGAGCUGUAAUUGGUCACGUGGUGUAGCUGACGUCAGAUGAAUCUGGUUUUUUACGGCGUACAGCUCGCAAGCUUUUUUUCGGAUUUACUCAGAAUUUUGUUGAUAGAUGUUUCUACGAAAUUAACUUGGAGAUUUGUACAAGCAACUUUGGAGAAAACGAGUUUCUAACAACUCAAAAGACACGUCAACAGAGACGUUGAGGAUUGUUUUGGCGCUUAGACAUAAUCUGUCACCUUUCUUCUAUUAAACCUCUUGAUCAUUGUCUAAAUCGGACAGUUCUCCAUGCUUGUUAUGUACGUACAUUUAAGAAAUUUGACGACAUAAUCAGUGGCAUAUCCCUUUCCUUCAAUAGAAUAUAAGUAAGAACCAAUCAGAAAGCUUGUUUCAUUCAAGUUAUCAAUUAAUUCCUAAUUAUUUGAUUGUUUCCUAUCAGAUCUGCCAAAAUCCGCUGGUGAUAAUCACGUCAUCGUGAGUAAAUGCAGUGAAGAUAUGAAAAUGGAAAAAGACAUGAUGUGCGCGCACACGUUUCUCAGGAAAAUGAAAAAUGGCACCGCAAACUGCAGGUUACUUAUUUCAGAAUUUGAUGCUCAUUGGCUAUUAGAUUUUAAUUUUUUUUAUGGCUUCGUAAAAACUACCUCUACCUCGAACUAAACUUCAAAAUAUUAGGUUGCUAAGGAUCCAGGUAUCAUUUAUUGCCGGAGUGUGAGGGGGAAGUCGGAAGGUUUUGGGGAAAUCACGUGGUUUGCAGGGCAAAGGAAGACUAUAGAAAUUGACCACCAAGUGACUGCCAAUGAGGGAGAGAUCGUGAGAAUGCUACAGAGCCUUACAGGGGGAUCCGGUCCCUCGGAAGCUGUUAGAGGACACAAUACAAAAGAGGCAACAACAAAGCAUUUGGAGAAAAAGGGGCUUGAUAUAGAGAAAUCGCGAACGAGAGGAAUCGAGGGAAAAUAUUCUUUAAUGAAUAAACCAUCACUUGAAAAUAAAAUUUCUGCCAUUUUCGAUUCUUUGACUAAAACAUUUUUUUUUCACUUUUUCAGUCAUGAAUUAAUGAAUUUCAUGGGCUGCAUUAGGAACUUUACACUCGACCAGUGCUAUGGUGAUUACCUGAAAACUCAUCACAGCAUGAUGGAACCAAUGAGACGAAUGGCCGACAUGAAAGCCAGAAUUCACAAUUUUGGCCGCUUGAUGUGUGGUAUGGACGGAAAUGGUUAUAAUGUCACAGGGCUACCUAAGAACAUUACUGACCUGCUGAAAUGCAAGAAAGAGUUUUACGACAAUGGAAAAGACUGUGCUAAACCGUUCCACGACAAAUUCAAGGCCAAGGCUAAACCAGAGGACUUGUGCAAGUAAGAUACCAAAACUCAAAUGAGGGUUAAAGUAAUCUGGGAUUGGUUCAAUUUUCGUUAUUAAGCAUUGUGAUUGGUUAAAAACUAACUCCCGCCACUUUCACAACCAAUCAAAACUUGGUUACUUGCGUUUUACCGCGCUUCUGGCCGUUUGUAUUUUUCUUUUCUUUUGAGAUCUAAUUAGCUGUUGUAAUAAGUUUGGUUUUGAUUUAAGACAUUCAAUCGAAAAGCGCUUUAACGAGCUUUUUUUCCGACUUUUCUUUAGGAAUCCUAUCACAAGGCCAUGCCUAAGCUCUUGACGAGGCUUUUCUUCUAGAUAUCUUAAACAACCGUGAUGAAUCCGCUCAGACCCAAGGCUAACUCGUUAAAUUGGAAUACUCUUCCUAAAAUGUUACAUGAAAACAGUUGAAUUCCAUAGCGUAUCUGGGAACGAAUGACUUUAAUAACUAUAUUACAUUAGAUCCUCAUGAUUAAUGAAAAGCAUCAUCGAUACAUUUGAGUCGGGAAAAGAAACCUCUAGGGAAAAAUUUCCAUAGAUCAUCUGGCUCUGUACGCCAAAGAUUAUUUUAUUUUUUUUUUUUUUAAUGAAAGCUAACAAAGAUUUAUUUACCUCACAAUUGAAACGAGAACAGUAAUAACUGCUUUUUUCUUUCAGAUAUUUCAUGAAAGCAAAGGAGUGUCAGGUAGAUUUGAUGAAGAAGUACUGCGCACCGAGCAAGCCCCAGAAGCCUGAUCCCUUUAAUCCAUUCUGUCCCGGUGAAAAAGAUCCGUCCUCUCAUGCAGGAGCAGGAAAACUGAACACGGGUGUGGCCCUCUUAUUUGUGGGCCUUGCUCUUCAUUUUUUGUCGUAAGCCUCUGACUGCGGAUGCACAUGAGUUUUCCAGUUUACACUAUGACACAGUUAGAAGAAUCAUAGCAGACAGCUUGAACAAAAGAAUUUUGCCAAAUCUUUAGUUCAUGCAGAUGUCGAAUGCAUCCGUCCUUAGUUAGUUUUCAAAGUUAUCAUAUCCAUUUUAUUGUUAUCAUUUAUUAGCCUGCCGUGCUUGGAAAUUCCUUUACCUGUUUGCUAGC